GGGCGCACGGCCCGGGCUCCCGCAGUGGUGGUUGCUGCCGCCGCCGCCAGGCUUUUAUACCGCGGCUAAAUUUAGGCUGAGUCCGGAGCUCGUCCCCAUCCGGGACGCGUUUCCGCCGCCGCCUCCCGGCCCGCCUCCCCCGUGCCGGCCGCGCCUAUAAGGCCUGGGCGGGCCGGCCCGCGGCACACACAAUUUUUGCCAUGGCGCUCAGCGAGCCUAUCCUGCCGUCCUUCGCCACCUUCGCCAGCCCGUGCGAGCGCGGCCUUCAGGAGCCCGCCAUUACCGCAAGCACACAGGCCACAGGCCCUUCCAGUGCCACUUGUGCGACCGUGCCUUCUCCAGGUCCGACCACCUGGCCCUGCAUAUGAAGCGACAUAUGUAGCCUGGGUAGACCCAACUACCCCAUGCGCGGCCGUGGCGGGUCCCACGCGCCGGGCACGGUUCCUUUGCAAACUGACUGCUAUUUAUUGGACCCUGAGGAUGGGCCGGGCAGUGUGGCCCACAGGACAUUGACUCUGCCGCCAGUUCUGGCCCCCACCCUGACUAAAGGCCCCGGGGAAGAAGACAGGAGCCUGUGACGAAUGUUUUCAAAAUGGUGCAAUAAUUGACUUCUUUCCCUCGGGUCCCCACUAGAGGAUCGAGGCUAGAUGCCUUGUGAGAAAUGGUCUUUGUACUGUCACGCGCGUCGUUUAUGAUUGUAUAUAAGUGGCAAAUUGUAUUACUUUAAGGGAGACGAUGGCAUCUUUGCCGCCUGCUUUGGUUUUGUAAGUCUUGGUGUCCUUUUUUAAUUAAAAACUUGGUCUUUGGAAGAAUCA